AUGCCCACCACCAUCUUGUUCGGCGGCGCAAAGCGACAGCGGAGAAACCAGUCUACAGUGAUUGACAGCGUCAGGGAGAUGGAUAUAUUCUCCUUCAUCAUCAAAACGGCAACUCACAGCUGGACGAGCCUGACGAACUGCCACGCUGCAGCGCAGCAGUCGCAGUCGCAUGCUGCGCCAGACCCCCACUUUGAGAACCAUGUCGCCGGGAUCUUUGAGGAAACAGAGCUCUCGAGUCUCGACUUUGAGUGCUGGCGGCGGGCCGCGGACCAGGUCUGA